AUGGAAACUUUGUUUCAUGAAUUAACCGAGUCGAUUCAAGAAAACGAAAAAAAUCGCAAUCAACUAGAAAGUCUCCUUAAAACUGAUAGCCAAACCUACGCAAAACAUUUACAUCACUACCUUAAAAGCAACCACCAAAAACAUCUUCAGAGGCUACAAAAUCACACUGUAAAAGUCAAAGAUACUAUCGCGAAUAUGGUUGAAGAAGUAAUUGAAAGAGACAUCUUUCUUAGUAUGGAUGAUUGGUCUGAUAUGUACAAACAACGGAAUCAGAGUCUGAGAGAUACACAACGUUCAGAGUUUGAGAUGAUGCAAGUCCUUCUCUCUCAGGAGUUGGAUUAUUUCUCAUCUUCAUAUUCGGCAACUUCUACAGUGGUACCGAGCGCUAGUGAUUUGAAUCAAGCAUCAAAUCCUCCGCCACCACAACCAGAAUCAUCAUGUUCACAAGAAAUGUCACAAUUUUCUUCCUCACCACAAUUUAAUCCCAAUUUGACUGAAUUGUUGAAUCAAGCUUCGACGCUUCCAGCUGACCAAUUGUGCAUCAUUCAAACUUUGAUCAAUACAAUGGUUAUGAAUAAUUCUCAACAACAGCAGCAAUAA